AUGCUGCGUAAAUGGUCACUACUGGUCGUCGCGCUAAGUGCGUCAUCCAGUACCGCCGUCGAAGUGAGUGUCUGUCAUGACGCUACAUAUGACAUUCCAGUCGACGCGUCAUUACUGUGUGCAGGUUCUGGCUCGAUUCCUGCAGGUUUCAAAUGCCCCAAAACAGGCGACGUGGCCGUCGCAGAGUGUCAUUCGUACCUUCCGUCGUACAAGGACGGGCGCUGCGUCACGCCUGAAGAUGCCGUGUGUCAACUGGUCCUUGACGACACGUGGGGUUGCGUGUUGCCCAGUGUCGGCUGUAAGGACGUCCUUGUUGUCAAGCCCAAGUGUCCGACGUGGGACUUUGACGGAGACGACACGAUCAAAUCGGACGGUUUGGAUUCCUUUGAUGGCAAUGAAGAUUACGACGAGAGCUGGUUCGUACAGACGACAAAUUUACGUCCUCUUUACAAUUGUGGAGAGCGGCCUACACCUGCGCCUACACCUGCGCCUACACCUGCACCUACACCUGCACCUACUGUCUCUCUUCCGACACCGGUACCUACUCCAGCACCUACUCCAGCUGCUACUCCAGCUUUUACAACGUAUGAAAGUGCGUCAUUUGGUAGCCCCGGGAAUGACAAUGAGAAGGAUGAUGAUGAUGAGGAUGAUACAAAUGUAGAACACAGCACUGAGAAACGAGUGGGAGACAAGAAGAAGACUCCGUCAGACUUGUCGACGGUCUCGUUGUCCUCUGUGAACACUUCAGCAUCUGACGGACUUGGUGGCCCAACUAUUGGUGUUUUAGUAGCUGCUGCUGUCGGUGUAGUCGGUGCGCUUGCGGCUGUGUUUGCUAAAAAGAGACACCUCCUACUCAUGAAUCAAACCGACACAGAAGCCCCCAUCUCCACUCGUGGACGCAGUGGGAGCAUCGAGUACGAGAUGGCACAGACACCACCCAAUAUGAUCACGUCUCCGAGAGGAAUGACGUCUCCUCGAGUGUAA